AUGGAAGCCAAUUUAUCACAACUCACAUCAAACAGAAAAACCACUCACAUUCACAUUCACUCAUGGCCACUCUCCAUUUCUUCUUCACCUUCAUCAAUUCUUUUUUCCUUUUCUUGGUUUUCAUUUCAUGUUUUUCAGAGCAAACCCAUGCUUUUGAAGCCAAAAAUACUAGGACUCAAGACUCUUCUUUCCACACAAUUCAAAUUAGCUCUCUUUUUCCAUCAUCUGUUUGCAGUCCUUCCAAAGAUUUAAUCAAGAAGAGGCCGUCCACACUAGAAGUUUUCCAUCGUCACGGCCCGUGUUCGAAACUCAGUCAAGACGAGGCGGCCCGGAGGCCGUCUCUGAAAGAUAUACUCUCCCAUGACCAAUCUCGAGUCGAGUCAAUCAACGCCCGCCUCAACCCGACAUCGAAUACGGAUAAAGUCAAUGACAAAAAGGUCAACCUCCCCGUGACGCCGGGGAGCUCCCUAGGCUCCGGAAACUACCUCAUCUCCGUGGGCCUAGGUACACCCAAGAAAACCCUUUCCCUCAUCUUCGACACGGGGAGCGACCUAACUUGGACCCAGUGUCAACCGUGCUCCCGAUCUUGCUACAAACAGCAGGACCCGAUAUUCGACCCUAAGACCUCGACCUCCUACUCCAAUGUAUCGUGCACCUCCACCUCCUGCUCCCAGCUCUCCUCCGCCACCGGCAACACUCCCAGCUGCAAUGUCGGGACAUGUGUCUACGGCAUCCAAUACGGCGACCAGUCAUUCUCCGUAGGGCUGUUCAGCAAAGACACGCUCACCAUCGCCUCCGACGUCUUCCCGAACUUCCAAUUCGGUUGCGGCCAGAACAACCAAGGGCUCUUCGGCCGAACCGCCGGACUAAUCGGCCUCGGCCGGGACACAUUAUCGAUCAUAUCGCAGACCGCGACAAAAUACAGCAAAUACUUCUCCUACUGUCUCCCGUCGACGUCGAGCUCCACCGGCCACCUCACACUCGGCAAGACCGCCGGCGUAGCCGCGAAAAGCGUGCAGUUCACACCGUUCGACUCCUCGCAAGGCUCCUCGUUCUACUUCAUCAGCAUUGCCUCCAUCGCCGUCUCCGGCAAGCAGCUCCCGAUAGCGCCGACGGUCUUCAAGACGGCCGGCGCGAUCAUAGACUCCGGCACGGUGAUCACGCGUCUGCCGCCGGCGGCAUACACCGCGUUGAGCUCGGCGUUCAAGCAGGGGAUGCAGAAGUAUCCGGCGGCGCCGGCCUACUCGAUUUUGGACACGUGCUACGACUUGUCCAACUACACGAGCAUCUCCAUCCCAACCGUGUCGUUCGCCUUCGCCGGCGGAGUGAAGGUCAACCUCAGCCCACAGGGGAUACUGGUGGCGGUUAGCUCCACGGAGGCGUGCCUAGCUUUCGCCGGAAACGGCGACGCCUCCGACAUCGGAAUCUUUGGAAACACGCAGCAGUUGACGUUCGAGGUGGUGUAUGAUGUUGCCGGAGGGAAGCUGGGAUUCGGAAGCUGCUGGAUGUUGAUUCAUAUGUGUUAACUAGUUCUAUACAUACAUAAAAAAGGCCAAAAACAAAACAAAACAUAUUAAAUUUCUCCAAAUGAAGGAAAUAUGUCAAUGUGAUACUCCCUUUGUCCCAA